UUUAUGUUUAUUUUAGGGUGAAUUAUAUAUACAUUUUAGGGUGACUAACUUUUAAUUAAGUAUCUCCUUGCUUUGCAUUAUGCCAGCACAGAAGUCAUCUCAAAAGAUAAAUAAAUUUGCUGAUGGCCAACCUAUACGAUUUCGCUGUGCUAUGCAAAAUACAAUUUAUGAUGUUCUCAAAAGUAGAAAAGGCUGGGUAGAAGCUUCUAGUGAUGGAGACUGGGAUUUUAUUUGGAGUGACAAGUGUGGCAUUCAUGAAAUAUAUGACAAUCAAUAUUUAGAUGAACAUGUAAAACUAAAUCAUUUUCGAAACCACUAUGAGUUGACAAGAAAAAAUUUAAUGGCAAAAAAUUUGAAACGACUAAAAAAACAUAUAGAGCGAGAGCAUGGGAAAAUGGAAGCUAAUAGUUGUGAUUUUUUCCCUGCUACCUUUGAACUUCCUGGUGAAUAUCAUAUGUUUGUUGAGGAGUUUAAGCGAAACCCAGGAAAGUUAUGGAUAAUGAAACCAAUAGCCAAAUCUCAAGGAAAGGGAAUAUUCUUGUUUAAAAAACUAAAAGAUAUAACUGAUUGGAGAAAGGAGGACUACUAUAGUGUUGAUGAAAAGAAAGAAGAAAAAGAACAACCAGAAGCAUAUAUUGUGCAAAGAUACAUCGAUAAUCCAUAUUUAAUUAAUGGGAGAAAAUUUGAUCUGAGAGUUUAUGUUUUAGUCACCUCUUAUACACCAAUGAAGGCAUGGCUAUACAGAGAAGGGUUCGCACGCUUGACUAAUUCCCGAUAUAAUUUAAACUCAAUAGAUGACCAAUUUGUUCAUUUAACAAAUGUAGCUAUACAAAAAACAGCUCCUGACUAUGAUCCUGAGGGUUCAAAAUGGUCAAUACAUCAGCUACGUUUGUACCUAACUGCCAAACAUGGUGUGCAAGUGGUCAAGGAUUUGUUUCGUUUGAUGGAUAUUAUAUUUAUAAAAAGUUUACAAAGUGUGCAGCGAGUAAUGAUUAAUGACAAGCAUUGCUUUGAGUUGUAUGGGUAUGAUAUUUUAAUUGACGCUGACCUUAAGCCUUGGCUUUGUGAAAUCAAUGCUUCGCCUUCCUUAACUGCUAGUAAUCAAACUGAUUAUAAUAUAAAAGUAGCCAUGUUGUCUGAUGUUCUCAAUGUUCUUGACAUGGAAGGAAGACUUACUGGAAAAGAGAAACGUGUUGGCGGAUUUGAUCUAAUGUGGAAUGAUGGACCUGUUUUUCCUGAUGAUUUACCUAUAAAUGAUUUUGGGUCUUCUUUGUUGCCCAUUUCAAACACAUUUCUAGGUUGCUAUAACAACAGAACCGAGCAAUUGAAAUCAUUAUGGAAAAAUGCGCAAAUCAUAAAGCAUUCUGAGCUCCAAGAUUGUCAAAAAAUAAAUGUUUGAUUUGCUUCUUUUGAGUUUUUUUAACUUUUAUAAUUAUUUAUUGAAAUAAAAAGUUCUAUCAAAAUACAAUUUUUUUUAUCUUUUAUAAUAAAGAUUUGUUUUAUGUAAAAAUAAUAUUUUGUUACAAAAGUUUCAGACGAAUGUCUCUUGCAAUAUAUGAGUUGAAUAAUAUUUAUCUUAAGUGGUUUUUUUUUGUUUAUUUAUAAAAAGUUAUUUUUAAAACUUUCUGAUGGAAAUA